GCCCGGCCCUCCCGCGGCGGGGCAAGGGGAGGUGCGGGGGGACGGGUAGGGGGGUCGGCGGCGCCGCGCGUGUGGGAAGGCCGGGCAUGGGGGCUUCCCGCGAGGAGCAGCGCCCCGGCUCCGGCCGCUGAGAGAGCACCGGCGCCGCCGCACCUCCGCGCAGCCCUGUCCGCCGCCGCCGGGAGCCGAGCCGCCCCCCUUCCCCUCCCAGUUCUACAUUCACCAUGUUACCCUGCGGACCAGCUCUGUCGUUUGUCCGGUGUCUGGUGCGGAAGAAGAAUGUCAGCAGUGGAAAUCUUGAAGACUCCAAGUUGUGCCGAUGCUUGUCUACUGUGGACCUUAUAGCACUGGGAGUAGGAAGUACUCUUGGUGCUGGUGUUUAUGUCCUUGCUGGAGAAGUAGCCAAAUCGGAUUCUGGACCUAGCAUUGUUGUUUCUUUCCUCAUUGCUGCCCUGGCAUCUGUGAUGGCAGGUCUUUGCUAUGCUGAGUUUGGUGCUCGUGUCCCCAAGACUGGUUCUGCAUAUUUGUAUACUUAUGUAACAGUUGGUGAACUAUGGGCUUUUAUUACUGGCUGGAAUCUCAUUUUAUCAUAUGUUAUAGGUACAUCAAGUGUAGCAAGAGCCUGGAGUGGCACCUUUGAUGAACUUCUUGGAAAACAAAUCGGUCAUUUCUUCAGAACCUACUUCAAAAUGAAUUAUUCUGGCCUAGCAGAGUAUCCCGACUUCUUUGCUGUAUUUCUUAUACUACUUUUAUCAGGUCUUUUAUCUUUUGGAGUAAAAGAAUCCGCAUGGGUGAAUAAAAUUUUCACUGCUAUUAACAUCUUGGUUCUCCUCUUCGUUAUGAUUUCUGGUUUUGUGAAAGGAGAUGCUGACAACUGGAAAAUAAGCGAAGAAUAUCUCAUAAACCUUACUGCAGUAACAGAGAAUUGUUCAUUCUAUGAGAACGUGACAAGUAUAUAUGGGAGUGGUGGUUUUAUGCCAUAUGGCUUUACAGGAACAUUGGCUGGUGCUGCAACCUGUUUUUAUGCUUUUGUAGGAUUUGACUGCAUUGCAACAACUGGAGAGGAGGUCAAGAAUCCUCAGAAAGCCAUACCCAUAGGAAUUGUGGUGUCCUUGCUUGUCUGCUUCAUGGCCUAUUUUGGGGUUUCAGCUGCACUGACUCUUAUGAUGCCAUACUAUUUACUAGAUGAGAAAAGUCCUCUGCCAGUAGCAUUUGAAUAUGUUGGAUGGGGUCCUGCAAAAUACGUUGUAGCAGUGGGAUCCCUCUGUGCUUUGUCCACAAGUCUUCUCGGCUCUAUGUUCCCUUUGCCCCGAAUUCUGUUUGCCAUGGCACGCGAUGGUUUACUCUUUAGUUUUCUUGCCAAAGUGAGUCAGAGGCAGACACCAGUUUCUGCCACCUUGACAGCAGGGGUCAUCUCUGCUUUAAUGGCAUUUCUUUUUGACCUAAAGGCUUUAGUGGACAUGAUGUCUAUUGGUACACUUCUUGCUUACUCACUUGUGGCAGCCUGUGUCCUCAUACUUAGGUACCAACCCAGUUUAACCUAUGAGCAACCAAAAUAUUCUACAGAAAAAGCAGCUUUGGCUUCAUCAGAAAGGGAAUCUAUAAUAAGUGAAUCACAGAUAACUAUGAUACAAGAGAAUCACUUCAGUCUUCAGACCCUGAUUAAUCCAUCCAGCCUACCUACAGAGCAGACUGCAACUACUGUUAGCUUUCUAGUGGGUCUAUUAGCUUUCUUGGUUUGUGGCUUAAGUGUUCUCACCACAUAUGGGACUCAUUUCAUUGCUAACUUGGAGCCCUGGAGUAUUGGCCUUCUUGCUGCAUUGGUGGUGCUCUUCAUAGUUACCAUUCUCCUCAUCCAAAGGCAGCCUCAGAACCAGCAGAGAGUGGCCUUUAUGGUUCCACUGUUGCCAUUUUUGCCAUCAUUCAGUAUUCUGGUGAAUAUUUAUUUGAUGGUACAAUUAAGUGGAGAAACUUGGAUCAGAUUUAGCUUCUGGAUGGCACUUGGCUUCUUCAUUUAUUUUGCUUACGGCAUCAGGCACAGUCUUGAAGGCCAUCCUAGAGAUGGAGAUGAAGAUUCUUGUUCAGAGAAUAGUGGGAUGCAAGAAAAGAACCCUGUGGAAGAAGAGGAUGAACAUGAAAAUGCAAAUGAAAAUGAUCAAUUUCUUGCACAUGAGAGGACAAGUGAAUGUUAAUCUAUGCAAACAUACAAGUCUUUUAAACAGUAAACUGACAAUAUAUUUGCUGACUGAACUUUCAAAAGCUUCACCAACCAACAUUGUGCCUCUUGAAAGUGUUUACCAGAAAGCAUGGCUGAUAAUUUGGACAAGCUGCUGAUCUGUUUUCGUCAUUUCAGAACUGGCAGCAUGAAGAGUAAUAUUUAAAAUUAAAAAACAAACAAGAAAAGUACCCUUUGGCAAGCAAGAAAUCGGAUGCUUUGUUUGAACCAUCAUACAAAAUCCUUGGGAAUCACAAAAUAUGAAGAACUGUACAACUACCUGCUAGAAGUUCUCAAUAUUCUACAGUGCCCUGUGAACACAAGUGCCUUUCAUAUUUUUUCCUUUUCUCUCUUAAGUGUUUUUGUCACAGUCUGAUGGUGUCUGAAAUAACAAAGCAACUAGCUCACUCAGAUUAAAAUACCUAGUGUUUUCUAUAUAACUAAUUCUAGUGGGAGAUAAAUUGCAAAUAGGUCUGGAGAGUAUUUUGCAAAACAAAUGAUAAAUGAACAGAUUUGAUUCUAUGCAAAAAGCAGGUAUUUUAAAUAUCUGUACAUAGAAAUGAUAAACAAAUGGUUGUUUACCCUUACUAAUCAGUGCUCAUGGAGAACCCAAAUAGGGAAGCUACUUUAAAGGUUUUUAGUCUCUUAAACAAUAAUCAAGAUUGCUACUUCUAUCUUUCCUUUCAGUGUUUCUAUGUAUAUAAAAUAAUACUCCCAAGAAGAGUUAUAUUGUUUUUUCCAGAAGCACCUGGGAAAUAAUCUGUUAGUCACAACACUGAUAGUGACAUGCUUACAAGAUUUAUCAGUGUUCUGCUACUGAUUUCAGAAGGGCCCAGAUUUCAUCCCUGACUACAUAAUUUGGUACUUACAUACGGCUGUCAUCAAGUUUUCCUCCUCACUGCUAAUCUUCUCCCCCCAUGUUUUCUUUUCCUUUAGCAUGUGCUGAGGUUUCUACUUCUGAGACUGGUCAUUACAGAUUACUUCUCCUCAGAAAAAUUAAUGCAUAAAAUCACAGCCUUUUAUUCAGGUAGAAGGGGAGGUUAAACAGAGGCUUAGGCUUUGGAAAGAAUCUUCUUUAAAACAGUAUUUCAGUGCUUUAGACAUAGGUAUUUUAACACUUUUUCUCAACAAAUAGUAGGCUUAAUACCUUGAAGGAUUCAAAAAUAUAGAGUUAUUUUGCAAGAAUGUAUUUAUAAAAAUAAUUUCCCCAAAGUAAAAAAGAACUAUCUUGAACUUUGUCAUGGAGAGCUGCAGUCUAAAGCAUAAUACUACUGGCAUUAAUCAUUGGCAUUAAUCUUUGUUGUUAGUUAUAAGAAUUUUAUAUUCUGAGAGAGCUAUGUUGGUCAAUAGUAAAAAGAACCUUAUUUUUUUAUAAUAUCUGGAAUUUUACACCCCCCCCAAAAAAAAAAAAAAAAA